AUGAAAAUCUACAAGUCAUCCGACAUCAAUAUCCCUAGGGACCUCAACCUUACUGAACUAUUGCACACCACGGCUUUCCCUAUUCUCGAAUCACACCUCAUAGCUUCUGAUAGCCUCACCAACAGGAGUGCAACUCUAGGGGAGCUCCGAGACCGAGCUGGUCAAGGACUCGCCGUCGCCCGCCCGCAUUUCGUUAUCGCCUAUGGCCCUGUUGUCCUUGUGGUCGAACAGGCUCUCGAUUUUGUCGCCGAAAUGCUCAUCAAGGAAAAGGGGACUUGGACUCGACCUCCUGUGAUUUCUAUCGUCCUUCCUGCUCCCGGACUGAAACACAUAUCGUCCGAUCUCAUCGCCGCGAGGCGUCUUCCGACCCCACACUUCGACGAUACGUCAACCCGCCUGGCCUCCAUUCAUCUCUCCUCAGGAACAACAGCUCCUCGCCUUCGAUGCACCAGGGGGGCACAAGAUGUUCCAUCCGGCUUCGCGCACCGUUGCCUUCACGCCGUGGGCGCACAUUGCGAACACAACAGCGCCACUGUUCCUCGGGCCAUACGCAGGCAUGCUUCACCACGCGAUGCCGGUUUACAAUCUGGAGCGAUUCGCCAGACUGGUUGGCUCCGUGCAAGCCACGUCGUUCCAGGGCGUACCAAGUAUUGUCCUGGCCUUGGCGGACUCGGACGUGACAGCGACUUCUCCGUUGCACGCCUCAUAGCUGUUGGCGGUGCACCGCUCAAGCAAGCUCAGCUCGAAAAACUCCUGGCUCGAGCGCCAUGGCGGCUUUGCCAAGCCUACGGCAUGACGGAAGCAGCUGGUUAUGUCGCGUACCAGGAAUAUCACGAGGUCCUAUAUGAUGGAUGCACGGGCAAGUUGUUGCCCGGAAUCGAGGCGUGUCUCAAACAGGAGGGAGGGGUGGAGGAUGUGCCAGAUGGUGCAACAGGGGAGUUGUAG